CUCGACAGUCUGCACAACCUUCAAAGAGCAUUUGGAUUCAACUAAUUGCUAAAGAGCAUUUUACCCUUAGUUCUCCAACUGGUAUUGGUGCAAUAUUUCAUCACCCCAACACCUGAUUGGGGUCAUUAGCACAGAGCAAAACCUUAAAAAUGCGCCUGCUGUCGUUUAGAACUUUGUUUUCUGUCUAGUUAAUUAAAUUCUUUUAGCUCAUCAGCCAGCGGACACACUUUGCAUUGAUCUAUCUGCGAGAGCCAACUGCUUUAUAGGGUCAACAAAUUCGAUAGAUAGCUUAAGCAGGGGGAAAAAAAAACCAGACUACCAAUUAAGACCAAUAUGAAGAGACACAGAAGAAGCCCACUCGCAGAUCUAGUUCAUGUGCAACCAAUGUAUAAGAAUUUCUUGAGGAGUGAAAAGUGAAAAUGGAAAAUGCCAGCUCAACGAAAAUUGGACCUCAUUUUGUGAGGCACGGCAACAUUAUUUGAUUUAGUAGCGACAAAUAGUUCGAAGCGAACGCACGCACGUUCACAAAAAAUUAUAAUAGAUAAAGGAUAGUAUAGAUAUAUAACUAGCAAACAAUUUAAAUAAUAUCUAAGCAAUCGAAAAACUACAAAUUUAAAUAAUGAAACGUUUCGCCUGUUUCAAUCUGCGCACUUUCGGUCUGAGCAUAGCCUGCUUGGAUGCUCUGAUUGCGCUGUGCAUCCUCGGCCUAAGCAGCUUCUAUCUGUACAAUGACUUUAUGGACUUUACGCAAUGGCAGCAAAAUGAUGUCCAGAUCUUAAGUCCAUUCGGAGCAUUUGUCGCUACACUGGUGGACUAUGUGCUGGUUCAUGAGUUCUCGCAGGCCUUCUAUAUGAUACUAACUGUAACCGUUUGGGUAAAGGCAUUGAUAAAUCUAGUGGUGGCUGGCAUUCUAGUCGAUGGCAUCAAACAGCGACGACUAAUAUGCAUUGCCCCAUGGCUGAUCAACGCAUUCGUCUCUAUGGUCAUUGAGGUGGCCAUUUUCGUAUUCUUGGAGGUCAAAAUUGAUGAAGCGGACGCCUCGAUAGAUCGACGCAUAGCACGAAGUGUGCUCUUUGGCGUUUUCAUAGUGCUCAACGCGCUUGUUGCCUAUGGCAUCUAUGCGCUCUACCGCAUGCUGAAGACAUCCACGAACGAGAAUCGUGCGCUGCAGGAAAGCAUUGUGGAAACGUCGGGUAUGUUUCAGCAUAUCAAGGUUUGAAAGUUUGUCAAGGGUAAUUAAUUGCUAUUCUAUAUACACCUGAACGACCAGAAGGAAAUCUCAUUUAAAUUGGAUAACAUUAACCAAAGCUAUUGGCUUAAUUGAUGUACAAGCAUUUAUGUAAUGAAACAAAUAAAACGAACAAUGCAAAGUCAAAUUGC